AUGACCCCACGGGAGCAGCUGAGGAAGAUGACAGCGAUGGGAGAACAGGGGGCUUUUGAUGAGAAGCACUGGUACCGUCUGGUCAACGGCAUGUCAGCUGGAGAGCUGAGGCAGAGGCAAGAAUUGAUGAUGAGGAACCAGAUGGCUAUGGCUCCACAGAUCCUCGCCCAGGGGCAGCAGAGGUUACAGGGGGUCCCAGCACAGUUCGAACCUCGCUUCAUGGAGAGGGAGCUGGUUCCCAACACAGAGAUGGUAGCUUCUGAUGCCAGACAGAUGCACAUGGGACCUCACCUGGGUCCACCUCUACCUCCGCAUGCCAAUGUCCUGCCUGGGAGAGCUUUCCCUGGAGCAGCUGGCUAUGGCUUCUUGCACUCAGAGCCCAUGGAAACAGUUGCCCGGCGACAGGAGCUCAUUCACAAGCAAAAUAUAGCCAGAAUGGAGAUGAAUGCAAUCCUGCAUCAGAAGGAGCUGGAGAAUGCCCACCAGAAAGGACUUAUGGGAAUUGAUAACCCCAUGUCGUACCCUUCCAACCCCAUGGCUUUCAGAGGUCGUCAACGCAUGCCAGACGGCCACGAUGUCUUUGUCCACCGUCCCACCCUGGAUGAACUGCACUCCAACAGCAUACUCAUGUCAGCCAGCCCUUACCCACCAAUCAGCGCGCUGCACAGGGAGAGGGGACGCAGGGCCAGCAGGAGACCCACUGUUCACAAGAGUGCAGAGAGUCAUGUGGCCAGCCUGAAGGGCCAAACUGAAGAUAAAAGUGUAGAGCAGAGCCCAGGAGCCACAUCAGGGGAGGAGAAAGAGGUGGAGGCAAAGGGGGACAUGGGAGACGAGUGUGCCACCAGCAAGACGCAUCAUCAAGCGAAAAUAGACUCUGAGCUCGCCACAGGAAGCAGGAAGAACUACAAAGAGGGGGAGCCAGGCCUGCGCAAAGCCUGUGUGAACAGUCAAGAUGGGUGUUCAGAUGCGGCCAACAGCAGCACAAAUGAUAAAGACAUAUCCAGCCAAUGUUCAGCUUUCCAGGAGAAGUUCAUGUAUCCCCCCACUGGUGGAGCACUCCCUGGCAUACCUUACAUGUUCCCAGUCCCUGAAAAUGGUUUCCUUCCACCUGGUCCACCCAACCUCUUUCUAAAUGGCGAUGAGGUGUCCGAAGACGUAAGGAAGUGGACAAUGAAUGAUGUUUACAACUUUAUCAACAGCAUACCCACAUGUUCAGAAUAUGCUCAGACGUUCAAGGACCACAUGAUUGAUGGGGAGACACUGCCCCUCCUGUCAGAGGAGCAUCUACUCGACACACUGGGGCUCAAGCUGGGACCAGCUCUUAAGAUACGCUCACAGGUGUCCAGGCGCCUAGGCAACAUGAUGUACAUGAUGAACCUGCCACUCUCCACCACCGCCCUGCAGGCCACUUCCGAGAAGCCCGGGGACCGCUCACCAGAGAUCGGCUCCCCUGCUAACUGCAACAGUGAGGAGAUGAUGGCGAGUCCAAGAGAAGCUGAUGUUCUCAAAUCAACAGAGCACCUCCACGAGACAGAAAACAACUCCCCACCAUCCGCCAGCAGUGAGACGGUCUGAUCGGCACCGAUAAUGUGGACAGAUGCAAACCUAACCAGUGUGCACCUACAUUUGUUUACACAAUGACCAACUGGAUUAAAUAUACUUUUUUCUUGUACUAUUUGCUACCUGGAUGUUUAAUGCACAGUUUCACACUAGGCCCAGGUGUCUGCUAAAUAUUUCUAUUUUACAUACAUAUGCGCAUAUAUUUUUACAGCAACUGUGAAGUGAAACUGAUGUGGAUUUUGAGUUCUGAGACGAUAAGAAGGUCCAAUAUACUUGUUCUUCUCUUCUUUUUCAUUACUGGCCUGAUUGUAGCUUUAAAUUUAAUUAGGGCCUACUUAUUUUUUUAAGCUGCUAAGUGUCAUUUAUAGGCCAGCAUAAGGACGAUAGAAAUCACAUGGGAA